CGGCAGGCGAUGUUUGUUGUCAUAUCUGUUUUUGUUGUGAAGAGCGAAGGCGAGGGUCAUCUUUGCUCGGACGAAAAUAGAGCCAAUAAGAUUCUUGUGAGUACAGUGAACCCUGGAUAGUGGAUGACUUCUGCCACAUCAAACUCUACUAUAACAUCACAUGUGUUGUUCAGGAGCUGUGGUGGACAUUAUAGAGAGGUAGAAUGUAAAACACGAUGGCUGGGUUUGAAACGUACCAAGAGUAUCAGCGAAUAGAAGAUUAUGAUGAAGACUCGCCUCCAGGAGAGGAAGAUCUACUCAUCCAUGUGCCAGAGGGCAGAGGAGACCCGUGGCAUCAUAUCAAGAACCUCGACAAUUUCUUCACAAGAAUCUAUCAUUUCCAUCAGAAGAAUGGAUUCGCCUGUAUGGUGUUAUCAGAGUUUUUUGAACUUGUGCAAUUCCUGUUUGUAGUCACGUUUACAACCUUCCUCUUCAACUGUGUGGAAUAUGAUGUUCUCUUUGCUAACCGAGUGGUCAACCACACGGGACAGAGCCUCGGUCCACUGGACAGGAACAAGGUCACCCUUCCUGAUGCGAUUUUACCCAGCGAGCAGUGCACUGAGAGGAUUCAAGGAAACAGCUGGAUCAUCUUCCUCUUGAUAAUGGCGGCAAUUUUCUGGCUCUAUCGCCUCGUGAAGGUGAUCUGCAACGUCCUCAGCUAUUGGGAGAUCCGACAGUUUUAUAAAAAAGCACUGAAAAUACAGAUGGAUGAGCUGUGCAACUUCUCGUGGCAAGAGGUCCAAGGCCGUUUGAUUCACCUGCAGCGUGAGCAGCCCAUGUGUGUCCAGAAGCGUGAACUUUCAGAACUAGACAUCCACCACCGCAUCCUGCGCUUUAAAAACUACACUGUGGCCAUGAUCAACAAGUCCCUGCUGCCCGUCAGACUGCGUGUGCCCUUCUUCGGCGACAUGAUCUUCCUCACGCAGGGCCUAAAAUACAACUUUGAGCUCAUUCUGUUCUGGGGCCCUCUGUCGCUCUUCCAGAACAAGUGGAGCCUGCAUCCCAAAUACAAACGGGCAGCAAACCGGCAGGAGCUGGCCAUGCAGCUCAGCCGCGUCAUCCUGUUGACGGGUCUGGUCAAUCUGCUGCUGUGUCCCUUCGUGCUGGUGUGGCAGGUGCUGUACGCCUUCUUUAGCUACGCGGAAGUCAUCAAGCGCGAGCCGGGAAGUUUGGGAGCCCGGCGCUGGUCGCUGUACGGCCGUCUCUACCUGCGCCACUUUAACGAGCUGGAUCACGAGCUGCAAGGCAGGCUGGGUCGUGGGUACAAACCCGCCGCCAAAUACAUGAACGCAUUUGUUUCUCCUCUACUGGCGGUGCUGGCCAGAAACGUGGCUUUCUUCUCCGGCUCGGUGCUCGCCGUGCUCAUCGCUCUGACGGUGUACGAUGAAGACGUGCUGACCGUGCAGCACAUCCUGACGGCCAUCACUGUACUCGGCGUGGUCAUCACCAUCAGCAGGUCGUUUAUUCCAGAUGAACAUAUGGUGUGGUGUCCUGAACAGCUGCUUCAGUGUGUCCUGGCCCACAUUCACUACAUGCCCGACCACUGGAAGGGCAACGCCAACAAGAGCGAGACCCGCGACGAGAUGGCCCAGCUUUUCCAGUAUAAAGCGGUCUUUAUAUUGGAGGAGCUUCUGAGUCCCAUAAUCACCCCCUUCAUCCUCAUCUUCCACCUGCGGAGCAAAUCCUCAGAAAUCAUCGACUUCUUCCGCAACUUCACCGUCGAUGUGGCAGGGGUGGGAGACAUUUGCUCAUUCGCCCAGAUGGACAUCCGGCGCCAUGGAAAUCCACAGUGGAUGUCCGAAGGUCAGACCGAGGCCUCGGUGUACCAGCAGGCUGAGAACGGGAAGACGGAGCUGUCUCUGAUGCAUUUCACCAUCAAAAACCCGCGCUGGGAGCCGCCGCAGGAGAGCUCUGUGUUCAUCAGCAAUCUGAAGGAAAAGGUGAACCAGGACGCUCAGACAGGACCGUCUCCUCAGCUGCUGCUGUCCGAGGCUCCUCUCUGCUCCUCGCUGCUGUCCGAUGAGUCUGCCAUGGCUCCUGAUAAUCUGUUAGCCAGUGUGUUGGCUCACUCCGGACUGCCUGGGAGGAACCGUCGCUUCGUCCCGCCGAGCAGCACGGCUUCAGCUGCCGCUAGUGUCCUGGCGUCCCUUUCGUCGUCUCAUCAGCCUCACGCCGGCCGGUCUCGCUCACACACACUCCUGCCAUCCCGACAGAGUCAGGACGACACCAUGUACUGCAGCGACCGCACUGUGGGCGACAGAAUGUCUGCAAGUGACUCCAGGCUGCUCAGCCAGUCUUAUUCGGGCCUGGCGUCAGAGUUCGCAUCAGCCGAGAUGAGCCUGCACGCUAUAUACAUGCACGAGGUGCAUCAGCAGAAGACCCAGCAUGCAUCUGGACCGUUUCAGGUUUCUGUGCCAAUGAGGGAGUUGAGCACCAACAGAGCUCAAGGUCUUCAGAUACAGUCCACACAGACAGUCGCCUUGGUGCCGCCCGCUUCUGGCCGCUUGGGCGGCUGGGCUGAAGAGGAAGAGGAGGAGCAUGCGGACGAGGAAGAGAUAAACACCAACCCUGUUCAGGAUCAGACCAGCAGAGGGAGCAGCUGAAGUGCCUUCAACCUGUACAUUUUUGUUCAUUUCUGGGAGUUGUGGCCUUACUUUGGUUUGGCAUGUCUCUCGUCGGUUCUCUGGACACACCGUCUUCCAGUUCAGAGAAACUGUGACGUAACGGACUGCCACUUCCCCUCCCUCGUCACAUCAGUUACAUUUACAUUUCAGACUGCUGUGUGUGUGUGUGUUAGUUUUGUUUAUGACACAACAGGGUGACACUUGUUUUACAGUAUUUAUUUCCAUUUCAUUUCUUUCAUGCAUCGUUUGUUUUAUUUGGGUUCGAGCAAGUUACGUUUCCGCAUCUUUGAUUCGAAGGCGAGUCGGGCAGUAUUACGUUUUGAAGCGCUGCUGAAAACAUCCUUUUAGCAUAGUAUUGCUAGUUUCAUUUUUGCAUUAUAGCAUCAGCGGACAUAAAAUAUCACUGAAUGUAAAAUCAUAACCAGUUGCCUCGUGGAAAAAACUAAAUAUUUGUCACAAAGUUAUAAAACUUUUUUUUUUUUGAGAGAGAGAGAGAGUGAGAGAAAAUAUAAUAUAUAGACUUGUGGAUCAUUUUUUGCUUAAAGAAACACUUAAUUUAAAUUAAAAGUAAUUCGCAUUUGGGAAUAAAAUAACCUCUUAGCCAGAGAUUAAAAAAAGUUCAAUUUAAAUGAUUUUAGCAAUAAAACUAAAAAAAAUGUAGGUCUGUCACGAGCCUUUCAUCUACAGCAACAAAUAACUUAAAACAUCUUAGACGACCAUAUGACUGCAUUAAAGCAUUUUUCUUAGUUGAACUAUUCGAAAGCUGUACGAAUGAUUAACUCCCGAUGUGGAAAAAGCGAUAAACUUGUUAAAAUGAAAGCGUUUUUUUUUUAAAAGCCAGACAUUAAUCCCAGUUCGUUGAGACAUUAUCUCGAUUACUUGUUCAGCUUGUAAACUGCAGAUUAGCACAUUAUUUAACCACUUAAGAAGUUCAAAUGAAACCCUUUCAGGUUAAAGUCAGUUUGAAGGUGUUAGUGUUGUAUUUUGGAGCUCGGUUUAGGAUCGCUGCUCUGUACCCAACCGAUAACAGUCUCUUCCGGCGUGCUGAAUGAAAUAUUACACAUCUGACAAGAUGAUCUUUCAAUCCGAAUCGCAGAAUUCAUCAGUUUAAGCAGUUAAUGUCAUGCGUCUGAGUCCGUGUCAACCCAAAUCAGCAGGGCAUGAGUUAGUUCAGUCAGGUUUCGAACCAGAAUCUCCAGAACAAAAUAGUUAUAAGUUAACUAAUGUGCUCUCUCAAAGCACAAGAACAUUCGUCUCUGUAAUAUAUCACGAGAGCCUAAGGGCUUCUGAUGGUUUGCACAUGGUAUAUGACACUCACGUGAAACACUGAACUUCCUGUGGCCGGAGCGUGUCAGGAGCUUUCAGAAAUCAUCUACUUGAAAUACUGCAGAAUUAAGAGAUCUGCAUCCAUAUCACACCCACUGAAAUACCUCCGCAUGUACCUUAAGAGCGUGUAUGUACAGUAUUUAUUUGUGUGGGACGUUCUUGAACGAAGGCGAUCAGGAUGUAGUUGCAGACGUGCUGUUUGCAGUGUUUUUCCACACAAGACUGAACUGCGUAAGUGAAACACAUUGUUUUACAGCUCUGUUAUCUUAAACAGUCUGGGGUUGGACUGUGCCAGGUGCUAUAUAUACAUAUGUAUAUUUAAUUAGUUUGGAUAUUUAUCUCUCUUUGUUGGAUUUUGACUUUUUUUGUCUGAUCAAAAUAACACUAUCAAUAAAUAAAACCAUAGCAAAACUGG